GGAGGGCGGGGCUUGGUGUCUCGCGGGCGAGGCGGAAGCGGUGCGAAGGCGAGAUCCUCGGCUCUGCUAUGGCUGAUAGUUCUUAAUAAUAAUAAAGCGGCGUGGGUGGCAGCAGCGCGCCUGGGGUCUGAAAAACGUUGUUGCUUUUCUCCCUGUCGGCCGGGAUCUCCAGGCUGUGAGGAGGACCUUGGGAUCCCGUCCUGAGGAGCGGGCCUCGGGGCGCUGCGGCGGAGCGCGGACGGCAGCGGCAGGACGGAGCCCCCGUGCUCAGCGGCCACAGAUUGCUUUUCCUUGUUUGAGGUUGGAGCUAUGGGAUGCAGCCCUGAAAAGGAUUCCAGGAGAAGUGAAUGGCGGUUCGAAGGCCGCGUGCAGUGAUGCUUGUGGAGCUGCACAAAAAAGGAGCCGUAAGGAGCCUAGAGGAAACCUUUGUGUCCUGUGAAAUCUACGUGUUUCCAGUCUUAAAGAUGGAUUCUCCCAAAGACCCUGAGCCUACAGGAGAGUUCAAGUGUCAGCUAUGUGGCUUAACAGUUCCAUACACAUACUAUGGGCAGAAGCCACCAAACACACACUCUAUUGUGAUUUUGGAAGACAGCUAUAUCAUGAAAGACCCUUUCACCCCUGACAAGGAAAAAUUCCUCAUCCUUGGGUCUCUGUGCAAUUUGUGUAGAAGAACAGUGUGCGUUGGUACAGAAUGUAGUCUGUUCUACACCAAAAGGUUCUGCCUCCCCUGUGUGAAUGAAAACCUGCAGGCUUUUCCUUUGGAAAUACAAGAAGAUAUGGAUAAAAGGAAGCCCCAGUCAAAAUGCUCUACUAGGAAAAAAAUGGAUACAAGAACAUAAAUACUGAAAGACCAAGAAAGAGAAACAGUUCUUUGGAUGAGCUUCCUCCUCUCUCCUUUUUAAGACUAUCGUGUUGCUCGUUUUAAAGUUGUGACCUUCAUUAGCUCACUGCUACAGAAAACAGUGACACGUUUCCCUGUAACUGGUUUGGCUUCAAGCAUCAUCACGCAGCAAUUGCAAUGCCAGCAGAAUGGCCUUAAGGUGCUGAAAAAGCAGAAAGAAAGGCAGACAGGCCUGUUUGUCACCUUGUCAAAUGCAUGUAGUAAAAAACUAAGCAGUGUUAAAGCAUAGGAACUAUAUGCAAAUUUCCCAUGUGCUCUUAAUGUUUUACGUUGUUCUUGAUGCUCCUACAGUGUUAUGAAAAAUCUGAGAGAUUUAUCUCACUUAGUUCACCAAACAUCCAAGAAAGUCAGUAAAUACCAAUUGUUAACCUGCCAUUGCUAGCUUGGUGAGAUUACAGUGCGGAAGGAACUCAAAGCUUUAUUUUCAAGUCCAAAAUAGAACUGGUAGGACAAAAUGUCAUAGAUAGCUACAGAAAUACCUAAAUUCAAGAUUCUAAUGUCAACAUUAUCACAGAAUUACGACUUCUGGAAUUAUGUGCUUUUAUAAUACCGACAUUUAAUUUUUUUAAAAUAAUAAUUUAAAAAAGGAUACAAAUCUGCAGUCACUUUGCGCUCAGUCUUCCUGUCCGUCUCUGCAUAGUGAUAUAAGAGGUUACUAUGUCUAGUUUAAUCAGGUAAUAGGGAAAUUCAGCUACUAAACUCAAUUAUUUCCUGAAGCGGGCAACUGAACAAUCAGGAUUUGAGAAAUAUAGUUUUAGUCAAGAAAAGAAAAAAGCAUAAAAGAUUACUAGGAAAAAAAGGUAUUUCUUUAGUCAAAAUAUAGGCUUUAGGAAUAUCUGUGUUGACUUUGUCUUAAUUACAGGGAAGAUUUAUAUGCUAAUAUAUAAUCAAUUAAUCACACACCUUGAGGAUGUGUCCAGAAUGCUCCAUAAACACCAUCAUGUUAUUUAUUCAAGUUUUUUUGGUCACUAGUUCAGAACCAGUAUCAGUGCCUUGGUUAACAUCUCUCCUUUUCUCUACUCUUUCAGCUUUUUCAUUUGUUUUAUACUUAUACAGUCCUUUUAGGAGAAUCAAGCAUGUAUCUGUUAAAAGAAAUCAACAUAAUUUUAGUGAGUUAUUUUAAGCUAUUUAAGACUUUCUAAUGUCCUGGAAUCUUUUGUUCUGUUUUUACUGAACCUCGCAUAUUGUUUUCCCCUGUUGGAGACUGGAAUUUCUUGCAGUUACUAGAAGAGCAAUAAUGGAUAUAUUACAACCUUUUUCAAGCUCUAGUUGCUCUUGGACAUGAAAUGCAUAUACCUCUUUAAUUGCAUAAAAAAAGAUACUUGUUAGAACUCAACAUUUCAGAUUCCUUUCUGCAGUAAUAAGAGGUUACUCUUUCAAAGAAAGUAAUGUACAGCUUGCUUAAAAUUAGUGGUAUUAAAUUUCAGUUUCAUGUUACACACAGCUCCUCCCCUCCCCCUCUCCUUACUGAAUAUGAGAUUGCGUGGUGUGUUUAUGCAGGCAGAUGUCUUUCUAAAAUAUUAUCUGAGUUUUUAUUUUCUUUAUUUCACAAUGUUUGCAACAGGUUUUAUGUUAACUCUUAGCCUGAAAGUAGGUUUUAAAAGCCUUGUGAGUGCAGUUCGCUUCUAAAUGAAAACGUGCCUUUGGACUGUAAGAUAUCAGAGGCCUGGGAGGUUCACCCACAUGGUGCUGGGAAGGACCUCUGCUCUUGGAGCUGUUUUUCCUCCAAUUCAACCUACUCUAUGCCCUUCAAGAAAAGUGCAAUUAAGUCUUUUGUUCCUAAUUGUUAUCUUUACCAUCACGAUAUACAUAGGUUACUCUGAAAGUAAUGCCUACUACUUAUUUCCAUGGAAACUACAACAGGUACAAAGAGCACAAUAACACUGUUUCAUAGAGAAAAUUCACAGCUAUGAAACACUGUUUUUCAACAUAGUCAUCACCAUUAGCUAUGCAUUUUUGUCGUUGAUGAACAAGAGUCUGCAUGCUGCACUAGUGAAAAUCUGCAAGGCCAUCCGGAACGUGACAUGUCUUUCACAUCACUGUCACCAUGGCUGAAACGCACCAUGUGCUGCCUCACUGUGUUCACAUCCACUGCUUGGUCUCCAUAAACAUUUAGCAAGCAUCAGUGAAUGUCAGUGGGUGCCAUCUUUUCUGGAUGGAGGAACUCAAUGACACACCUUUGCUUCAUACACACUUCCAUGUCAGAUGCCAUUGUGUCAGACUGCCCUUCUGCUGCCAUCUGUCACAUGGCAACAAAAUGUAAUGGAAUAUUGGUGGGAAGGUUCAACCCCUCCUGCCAUACCACCAACAUCCACCUUGACAUCGUGGGCCCAAAUAAUAAAAGAGGACCAGCUCUUGAGGAAAUAAUUCAAAACCAUCAUAAGUGACUCCACCUUUAAGUACUCCUUAAGGUCAGCUGGAGGGGGAGGAGACUCAGUAUUAAAAAGCGAAAAACCUGAAACUACAGUUUUGAUUUGGCCCAGUACACCUCAUUUAUUUAACUAGAGUACUACAGGAAAAGCUAAGUUAAGGAUUCCUCUGUUUCACAGUUCCCUGGUUACACACAUUUUGGGUCAAGAAAAGCUUACUUCCAGCAGAUACCACAAAAUGGUGCACUAGCCCAGGUUUGUCAGCUGUGUUCUGUCAUUUGUGGUCCUUGUGCUAGGAAAGGAAAGCUGGCCUAUGUGUGAUUAGGGAUCUCCUGUGAUGACAAAGAGUUAUUAUCUGUGUCUGACUGUUACUACUUGCACACUCUGCAUUCUAAUAUUUCCUACUGAACGUGGGCAUUAUGCUCUCUAUCACAAUGUUUUGGUGUAUAUGGGGUUUUACAGACCUAAUGCUGUCAUCAUACCUAAGCUUACCAUGGCUUAGCAGCUGUGAGUCCUUCCUUUCAGGAUACACAGAGCCUUUACAGUUGGGUUUUACCAGGUUCUCUGGGUACUUUCUGCUGCUGAAAAUGAGGCCUUUGAUCCUCCAGCACACAGAUGAUUAAAAGAAAAAAAAGUUUCUUUGCUCUCUGCUGUGAUUUUCCUUCAGACUGUUUAACCAGUUCAAUAAAUCCCCAGGUUUGCAAAGGAAA